AUGGUGCGAGGUACGAUGUUAUUUCUGUCAUUCAUUGCAAUAUGUUCGCUCACAUUGCACACGACGUGUCAUGCCCGAGAUUUGGCCGGUGCGAAAUCGCACAUCAGUCGACGCAAUGUACAAGAGAACGUUGACCAUCAUGUAGGUCAUUUAGAGCCCACCGUAGAAUCGUCUUCGAUUGCAAAAAUAGACGAAACUGAUCUCGAGACAGCAGCGACCAAACAUAAGGAUCAUCAUCAUGAAUCCGGAGGUGGUCACAAACAUGAAUCUCAUCAUCACGAGGAGCACGGUGGAAAAGGUGACAAAGGAUACAAGAGCCAUCAUCAUCACGACAAAGGUGACAGUAGUAAGCACGAUGAGGAGCAUCACUCCGGUCAUCACGAGGAACACGGAGGUAAAAAGAAGGGCCAUCAUGAUGAGCAUGAAAAAUAUGGCGAACAUCACGAGGGCGAGAAGGGUCACAAAGGUGGAAAGUUCGGUGAAAAGAAGGGCCACAAGAAGGGUCACAAAACCAAAGGUUAUCACAACAAAUUCCACAAAGAUGAGUAUCAUAAAGAACAUAAGUUUUACGAUGAUUAUCAUAAGGGUGGCCACCAUGAGAAGCACGGUGAUUUCCAAGGUCAUCAUGAGAAAAAGGAAGGCCACCAUAAGAAGGGUGGUCAUCAUCAUUCCGGUUACCAUGAAGAUCAUCAUGGCAAGAAGGGCCAUCAUGACAAAGGUCAUCACGACGAGGAACAUAAAGGUCAUCAUGGCAAACACGGUCACGAGGAGCACCAUUCUCAUCACGAUGGAUAUGGCAAGAAAGGCGAUCAUCAUUCCGGAAAGAAGUACGGCUACAAGAAGGGUUUUAUGUCGUUAAUGAUGAUGAUGGUGACCGUGAUGGUGACCGUGGCCGCUCGAAUAACCAUGCUUUUUGCCGCCAUGAUGUUCGUGCUUCUUUCCAUGAUCUUCGUGGUGAUGAUGGUGUUCUUCGUGACCAUGUUUACCAUGAUGACCAUGAUGAUCUUCAUCAUAAUGUCCUUUAUCAUGGUGACCCUUUUUACCGUGAUGAUCUUCAUGAUGGCCAGAAUGAUGAUGUCCGCCUUUCUUGUGAUGACCCUCCUUGCCAUGGUGAUGUUCAUGAUGAUCGCCAUGCUUCUCAUGAUGGCCACCUUUAUGAUAAUCAUCGUAGAAUUUAUGUUCCUUGUGGAAUUCAUCUUUAUGGGAUUUGUGAUGAUAGCCAUGAGUCUUUUCGCCUUUUUUAUGACCCUUUCCAUGGCCGAAUUUCGACUCUUUAUGGCCGUGUUCGUGCUCGUGAUGGUGACCGUGCUCAUCAUGUUCGUCGUGAUGACCUUUCUUAUGACCACCAUGCUCGUGAUGAUGACCCUCAUGAUGUUCCUUACCAUGAUCGCCAUGUUCUCCCUCUUCAUGAUGAUGAUGUCCCUUAUGACCUUUAUGACCCUCUUCACCGUGUUCUCCAUGGUGAUGGGAAUGAUGCUCAUGACCUCCACCAUGUUCGUGAUGAUGGCCAUGGUGAUGGUGAUGACAUGUAUCGCCUCUCAUUGCGUGACUAUUGCACGCGAGAUCAGUAGGGCGCAUUACGACGAUCUGCAGAUAGCCGCUACUCAUCAUCAUGAAAGCGGCCACGGGGAAGAGCAUCAUUCUGAUCAUCAUCACGAACAUGGCGGAAAAGGUGACAAAGGCUACAAGUCGGAGCAUCAUCAUGAAAAAGGUGAAAAGGGACAUCACGAUAAAGAAGGCCACUCUGGACAUUUUCACGAAGACGAAGGCCAUAAAAAACAUCAUCAUCAUGACGAUGGUUAUUAUGGCGAACACCACAAGGGUGAGAAGGGAGAGAAGGGUCACAAAUUCAAUGAGAAAGGGCAUUUCAAUAAGGGCCACAGCACGAAGGGACAUCACGAGGUUCACAAACUCGACGAGUUUAAGAAGGAUAAGGAAUUCUUCGAUGAACAUCAUGAUCAUGGUCAUCAUGAAGAACACGGUGGUCACCAUCAUGAACAUGGGCACAAGAAAGGCGGCCACUUUAAGAAAGGCCAUCAUGAUCACCAUCAUCACGAAGAUCAUUAUGGCAAGAAGGGUCAUCACGAGAAAGGACAUCAUCAUCAUGAUCAUAAGGGUCACAAAAGUCAUGGUGGUCACGACGAGCACCAUCAUCAUCAUCAUCACCAUGGCAAGAAAGGAGGCCAUGAAGACCAUAAACACUGGGGAUUCAAGAAGGGACAUUAA